GGGGGGGAUUUGUUUACAAGGAGAGAUGGGAAGAUACUAGCAUCGUUCCCUGACUUCUAUUGGCUGAGCGGUUUUUUGGUUAAUGACGUCACUUUCGAUUUGCUGCUCGCCGUGAAGGCUGGCAAAACACUCGGAAUCUGCAAAUCGAUGUGUCCGUGUCCUUAGAUGGAGCUGAGAGAUUCUUAGGGCUUAUCGAAAGAAUGUGCUGUCACGUGAGGCCUGGGGACGAGGAUACAAGGCUUUCCUGCAUGGCAUGAUGGGAAGAUACAAGGCUUUCAUACAUGGCAUGAUGGGAAGAUACAUUCAUACAUGGCAUGAUGAGAAGAUACAAGGCUUUCAUGCAUGGCAUGAUGGGAAGAUACAAGGCUUUCAUCCAUGGCAUGAUGGGAAGAUACAAGGCUUUCAUGCAUGGCAUGAUGGGAAGAUACAUUCAUACAUGGCAUGAUGGGAAGAUACAAGGCUUUCAUACAUGGUAUGAUGGGAAGAUACAAGGCUUUCAUGCAUGGCUUGAUGGGAAGAUACAUUCAUACAUGGCAUGAUGAGAAGAUACAAGGCUUUCAUGCAUGGCAUGAUGGGAAGAUACAAGGCUUUCAUGCAUGGAAUGAUGGGAAGAUACAAGGCUUUCAUGCAUGGCAUGAUGGGAAGAUACAAGGCUUUCAUGCAUGGCAUGAUGGGAAGAUACAAGGCUUUCAUACAUGGCAUGAUGGGAAGAUACAAGGCUUUCAUGCAUGGCAUGAUGGGGAGAUACAUUCAUACAUGGCAUGAUGAGAAGAUACAAGGCUUUCAUGCAUGGCAUGAUGGGAAGAUACAAGGCUUUCGUGCAUGGCAUGAUGGGAAGAUACAAGGCUUUCAUGCAUGGCAUAAUGGGAAGAUACAAGGCUUUCAUACAUGGCAUGAUGGGAAGAUACAAGGCUUUCAUGCAUGGCAUGAUGGGAAGAUACAAGGCUUUCAUGCAUGGCAUGAUGGGAAGAUACAAGGCUUUCAUGCAUGGCAUGUUGGGCAGAUACAAGGCUUUCAUGCAUGGCAUGAUGGGAAGAUACAAGGCUUUCAUACAUGGCAUGAUGGGAAGAUACAAGUGGAUGUUUCAAGUGUCCGAUACAAAGGUUACAAAGCAAGGUGUCAUAUUAAUAGUCCACGAGAAUAAUGUAUUUCAAAUAACAUUAAAAUUUGCACAGAAAAUCGGUCUGCUAAAAGCGUCGCGAAUUAAUUCAUACCAAAUGAAUCAGAAAGCCUUGGCCUUUGUCUUAUGCGGUCACUGCUGCAUACUAAAAAAAGACAAAAUUCAAAAUAAGAUCACUAUCGAAAUACAGAAAAAGAGAUUAGAACGCCUUUUGGCGUACGCACAUACAAGCAGCAUAUCUCCGUGCUUAUGCCGUUAUCAAGGAUUGUUCACAGACGUUGACAUUGUUUUUCGCUAAUAGAUCUGAUAUAGGGACAGUGUGGUCAGAGAAGACACUCUUUCUCGGCAGACCACGCUUCCAGUUGUUGCAUACGCCAUCUGUGUGCCGUUAUCUGUUUUGAUUUUAUGUCAGCGGGUAAAGAUACCUCAACACAGAAGUUCUUCACGGGCAGUUCCUACCAUACAAUGACGCGUGCGACAGUCUUUUUUGUCCUUCUCGGCAUAAUCGUACAGUUUGGCCAUAAAAAAGCUGAGAAACAGACAACAAAGCCAACGUGCUCAUUUGGUACUAAAAUCUACGAGUCUGGUGACGUAUUCACCCCUAAUUCUUGUCAGGAUAUCUGUUCAUGCAAAGACGACGGCCAGUUCCACUGUGUGCCUUGUCAAGCCAAACAGCCCGACACAAACAAGGGUUGCAAGGGCUGGUCUAAACAUGUGGUUGUCGUCGAUUCUUACAUUGGCACUAAAAAACAUGGGUGCCAUUGCUAUAAAUAUGUCUGCAAGAGAAAGACUAUCAAAACGGUUAUAAAGGAAUUGUGGGAAAAACUGAAGACGAAGUUCUCAUCACUUGUCCACCCACACAAGCCUUCGAGGGAUUGGGGGUAAUGUUUAGAAGACAAGAAAAAAACGCCUUUUAGUCACUGCCAAGGGAUGGUAUUCUCCAUGAUACUCCAAAGGACUGUUGUAUUGAUCAUAUCUUUUUAUGCUUUUUGGUUAAAUUGUGGUAAUAUGAAUCAUCACCCUAGGGUUAUUUAGCUGAAUGUAGAUACGUUGUGGAGCACUAGCCGUCAUUCUCACCUUACUCAAGGAUGACGGUCGUCAGUCGUAAUUUCGCCAAAUUCAUUUAAAUUUAAAUGGUCUAAUAUUAAAAGUGAUUUUCAGUGUAAUUAAAAGCAAUUAAUAAAUAUCUUAUGUGAAAUGUUCUAA